AUGUCGCGACAGGUUCAGGACACAAUGGAGGGGUUCUUCAAGAGCUGCAAACGUCAACGAAUAAACUUGACGUCCACGAAGACAAAGCAGGGCCUUGCGGCGACCGAGUGUCUCAAGGAGAAACAAUGCUCGAGCCUGGGAGCUACACCAGAAGGAACCGGAGCCGGCCGUGCGCCUCAGCGCUCGCCCAGAAGAACGCAACAGGCCGGGGCUCAGGCUGGAGCGAGUGCACCAGACGCACCACCAGCGGGACGCGCCGUCGAAUUCCAGCGCGUUUGCCGAGCACUCGAGACGCUGCUCAGGGACGGCACCUCAGAGUCUCUUUUCAUCGCAGGGCUCCCCGGCAGUGGCAAGACCUACGUUGUCGAGCGAGCCCUCGCAGCUUUCAGAACACGUCUCCAAGGCGUGCAUAUCAAUCUCGCGGGGAUUCUGCGAGAUGAUAUGCUGAUCGAGACGCUCGCCAAUGCCCUAGCUCCUCCGAAGACAACGGGAGCGAGGUUGCGUGCCAACGGUGCUGGUCAGGCGCGUCGCCAGGCGACUCGUUCGCUUGGCGCGAACCCGCAAGCGAUCGAUACGCUGCUUCAAAGCCGCCUCCAGGGCAAUCGUCGACCACUCUGCCUGGUGUUGGACGAGAUCGAUCUCUGGUUGACACAGCGUGGACGACGUUCCCUCGCGUAUUCGCUUCUAACGAUACCAACGCGUUUCCCGGAGCAUUGCUGCAUCAUCGGCAUCGCGAAUGCACUGGAUUUCACAGAGCGAGUGCUGCCGGCGCUGCGCUGUGCUACAAGCAUCGAGCCGAACGUGCUCAUUUUCACGCCUUAUACAGCUGAAGAUCUGAUCGCCAUUGCCGUGGAGCGGUUGCUAGAGCAAGGAUGCGCUCAAACGGCAUCCCGGGACGGCAUCGAGGCGUCUGCACUGGAGCUGGCAGCUCGUAAAGUCGCAGCCGCACAUCAGGGCGAUGUUCGAACCAUGCUGAGCGCCUGUCGAAGCAUCGUGGACAAGGCAACAGAGACCAGGCCUAGCGCGCAUUCAGCGGUCGCCGCGCUGCAGGCAGUGGUCACUCAACUGUACAGCAAGCCUAAUGCCAAUUCCGUCCUGGAGACGAUUCGAUCCCUGCCGACGCAGCAGCAGAUGAUUCUGUGGGUGCUCGCCCAGAACGCACACAGCACCGCCAUUACACUGCGCGAUUUGUGCGCAGAGGCGCGGCGUCUCUUCACCAAGCUUCGUUUGGAUCCCGUGGAUCUCUCGACGCUGCAUGAGAUUUGCAGUAUCUCUCUGCGACAUCACGGUAUGGUAACGUAUGCAGCGGCGUGUAAGCGUGGAGCGCAAUACGGCCUCUCUUUGCCAAGCGCCAAGGUGCGGCUGCAGAUCGCCCCUGCUGAUGUUUACGAUGCCCUCAGAGCGACUCCAAGUUUGCACGCGCUGCUCGGUUCCGCAGCGGUUCCGAGUUACGAAAGCGCCCAUGGGCACGUUGAAUGUGCACGCACUGCUUGA